GGAAAUAUGGGAUGCUCGAAUGCAAGCCAAUUGCCACACCUAUGGAAGCUAAUGCCAGGCUAUGUUCGUAAUAAUGAAAAGACUUGGAAGAUGCAACUAUGUACCGACAAAUAGUUGGUAGUCUUAUCUACCUUACAUUAUCGCGACCUGAUAUAGCUUAUGUAGUUGGUGUGGUUAGCCGGUUCAUGCAAACACCAAAGAAGCCGCAUCUUGAAGUAGUACAUCGAAUAUUGAGGUAUGUGAAGGGUACAAUAAACCUUGGUCUAUUGUACAAGAAUGGUGGAGCAUGCAAGAUAGUUGGGUACUGCGAUGCUGAUUAUGGUGGUGAUCAUGACACACGACGAUCAACUACUGGAUACGUAUUCAACCUUGGCUCAGGAGCAAUCUCUUGGUGUAGCAAGAGAAAACCUACAGUAUCUUUAUCAACCACGGAGGCUGAAUACAGAGCAAUGGCAAUGACAGCACAAGAAAGCACAUGGCUUAUGCAGUUAAUGAGAGAUCUUCAUCAACCAGAUGAUUAUCCAAUGAUAUUGCACUGCGACAAUCAAUCAACAAUCUGCUUGGCUGAGAAUCCAGUGUUUCAUGCCAGGACCAAACAUGUGGAGGUAUACUAUCACUUCGUGAGAGAGAAUGUACUUCAAGGAGAAAUUGAGAUGAGUCAUGUGAAGAUCGACGACUAAGUUGCAGACAUACUCACGAAAGGACUUAGCAAUGCUAAGUUCACCGAAUUCAGAAAGCAACUUGGCAUGAUGACCAAAGCAGAAUUGUGAGAGUUGGUGCUGAGGGGGAGUGUUAAAUGUCAUCACCACCUCUCUUGAAUAUUCUGGAGUCUUCCGGAAAUUUUCGGACAUUUCCGAAAAAUUCUAGAAUCUUUUGGAAACUUCUAGAGUUUGAUAGAGUCUUCUUAACUCUUCUGGAAUAUUCCGGACUAUGCUAGAACCUUCCGGAUUCUCUUAGAAUGUUCCGGAAUAUAAUAGAACCUUAUAGGAUAUUUGGAAGCUUCUAGAACUCUUUAGAGUUGUGUUGAUUUUAGAAUCUUCCAUAGCCCUCUAUAAAUAUGGAAAGAGUCUCAUUAUGUAAACAUAUAAACAACAAAGAGUGAGUUUAAGAGUGAAAGCAAGAUGUCCAAGUAUUAAGAGUUCAAAAGAGUUUUUCCUUGUGUGUGAGAGUUGUCAUUCAAGAGUGAUAGUUUGUUAGUGUUGUAAAGCAUACCCU